AUGGACAAAGCUGAAAAAUUGUCUUCAACUAUUGGUGUAACCGGAAGAGAUAGCGUCAAGGUCCCAGUAUUGGUAUUCAUACAUGGUGAGUCAUACGAAUGGAAUGCUGGAAACCCUUAUGACGGAAGUGUUUUGGCCAGCUAUGGAAAAGUUGUCGUAGUCACCGUUAAUUUCCGACUUGGAGUUUUAGGAUUUCUACCGGUUAUAGAGGGAUCAGCAAGAGGCAACUACGGGAUUACAGAUCAGGUAGCAGCUUUACAUUGGAUUCAAGAAAAUAUUGCAGAAUUUGGAGGAGAUCCACAAAAUGUCACCCUUUUUGGACAAGGACAUGGAGCUGCUCUUGUUAAUUUUCUUGUCUUAUCUCCUAUGGCGAAAGGUUCAUCACUUUUUCCUGCUGGCCUGUUCCAUAGGGCCAUCAUGAUGAGUGGCUCUGCCUUGAGUCCUUGGGCAAUUGCACGAGACGCCAAUUUUUAUGCUCAACAGAUAGCCAGGACUCUAGGAUGUCCAACUAAUCAUCCAGCCAAUCUUUUGGAAUGCUUAAGACAACGUUCUGUUUCGGAUAUUUUAAGAGUCCAAAUCACAGUUCCGAUGUUUCUAACUGGUUUCGGACCUACUAUUGAUGGUAUUGUAAUCCAGAAUGAGCCUUCUGUUAUGAUGGAAGAAUUGGCUUCAGAGCAUCCAUAUGGAUUAUUCGAUCUAAUGUUCGGUGUAACAAAAGUAGCAUCCUACUUCCAAGUGUCUCAGCAAGAAGAAAGGGAUGGCUUAGGAAUUGAACGUAGAGACAAACUUUUGAGAACUCUAGUUAGAAAUAUCUUCAAUUAUCACCUGCAGGAGAUAUUUCUUACUAUAGUAAAUGAAUAUACCGAUUGGUCUAAGAACUCACAGCAUGAUUUAAAUAUAUUAGAUGGUACCUUAGACGCGCUUGGUGAUGCCUUAGUAGUAGCUCCAAUCAUUAAAUCUGCUAAUUACCAUCCUUCAUCCGGUGAAAGAAAAGCAUAUUUCUAUGUGUUUAACUAUCAAACAGAGGAUAGUAAGUAUCCUCAAAGACAAGGAUGUCUUCCAGGUGAAGAUCUUCAAUAUGUAUUUGGUGCACCUCUUGUUAAGAAUUUAGGACAUUUCUCUAAAAAUUAUAGUGAACCUGAAACUGUGCUAUCUGAGGCUGUAAUGACUUAUUGGGUGAAUUUUGCUAGAAAUGGAGAUCCAAAUACUGUGCAACCUGAUAAACCUGGCGAUAAAUCUAAAAGCAGAUAUGAUAGAAUGACUUGGCAACCCUACGACAAAGUGCACCAAAGAUAUAUGAUGCUCGGUUUAAAACCGAAAGUGAGAGAUCAUUACCAUGCACAUCGUCUUUCUUUUUGGCUAAACCUUUUUCCUCAACUCCACCAAACCAGUUCAGUGAAAGUAAAUCCUGAACACCAUUUACUGGAUGAUCACGAUAAUCCCAAUUCUUAUGAAGGUCCUGUUCGUCAAGUACCAUCUUCUCUAUCUAAGCUUUCUGCCGAUGCAGCCACUCCUUCCAAUACGCUUACAUCUACUGAGGAUUCUAAUGAGGAUGGAAGUAAAAAGGACGAUAUUCUAACAUCAGAAAACUCCAAUUUACAGUCCUCUACUGAGGAUUCCACACAACCUACGACAACAGUGAAUGCGACAGACUCUUUAGCAGUAGUUAUGCCUGUUAGCAAUUUUUCAGCAGCACUUAGCGUGACCCUUGUUUCAGGAGCUUCCCUCUUUCUUCUAAAUGUACUUAUUUUUGUGGGAAUUCAUUAUCAAAGAGGAAAAAGUAGAGCUGAAAUAGCUUCAAACAAAAGGAAUUCUUCUCAAACGUCAUUAGAAGAGCCUCAGGCCAAUCUUCCCACAGUAGCUCACGUGAAGACAGUUUCUUUACGAGCUCCUCCUCCUUCUCCAGUGUGCCAAACCGAAGAGCUGACACUCCACCCCCCACCACAUCACCAUCAUCCCCACAAGGCACCCCUGAAGCCAUGUGCUGUGCCCACACCCCCUAAACUUCUGCACAGAGAGAGCUUAGCUGAAAUGCAGCCGAUUAUUCACCUUCAGGGAGCUCAUGCUGCAUCUUUGGCCAAUAAGUCACCAGUCCACCAAAAUUCACAAAAUACUGCCCAGGUUCAUCUACCUUGCAAUCAUGAGAUUAAACUGUAAAGGGAAUGUGUGUAAAUUGGCUCUUGUGAUAAUGCUUGUGAUGUUCACUUCUAUGGUGCCCUGACUCCAACUUACAUAUGGUAAAGUCAUACAUUCCGAUAAAUAUUUGUUGCUAUGAAUUUAUGUGAAGCAACUGUUCUGGUGGGUGCUGAUUUCAACUUGAAUCUUAUUGGAUACAAGAGCUCAAAAUUGAAUGACCUAAAGAUAUCAUUGUUAGGACGUGAUAUGAAUUCGAAAUCAAUAUACUUUGUCAACUAAUGUAUCCGUAGCAUUCACAUGCAGGCACGUUGAUAUUGUUUGUGGAAAUCUUUGUGUGCUGUUUUAUGUUGUGUUUGAAAAUAUUGUGUUUGAAAAUAUUGUGUUUGAAAAAAUUGUGUUUGAAAAAUUCCAUGGUGGUACUAUUGUGUAAAUUUUGUUGAUAUAAUAUUUGCAGUGCUGGAAAGCUGCAAAUUCUUUUUUGAAAAGAAGUUACUAGAUAUUUAUAAGUCUAUUGUACAGAAAAAAGAGCUGAAAUUGAUGAUGUUUUAUAGCUUUCAAAGUGUUAAAAUGUGCAUAAAUGGAAAUGUUAUUGCUGUUUAAAAUCUGAGGUCUAUUUAUAUCAUUAUGGACACUUGUCAUUGUUUUAAAAUUCAUGCACCCAGAUUGUAAGAUGUUUUGUAUUUUACUUAAUCAAAGAUUACUUCCCAUUGAAAUGUCCACUCGUAUGAGACAUGAUAAUGGAAUUUAUUUUGGUUAUACCUCUCUCCUAUACUUUUUAGAUGUUUUAGAGUAUUAUUUACAACAAUUUUAUUUCUUGCACACUUUGCAAGAAUUUUAUCCGAAAAUCACCUUUGUAACCAAACAUUUUAGCAACAUACUAAAUGUUUUACAUUGGAAAAAUGGAUUUUUAAUUUAUGAAUUAAGGUUUUGAGUUUUAUGUUUCAUGGAUAUUCUUUAGAAAAUGAAUAUCGCUCAAAAUAGCAGUGAA